GCUAAGCAUUGUUUUCGCCUCUAUUACGCCCAUAUUUCGCGAAGCGGCGCGGUAUUCGGCAGUCAGAUUUCGUGCGAUUCGAGUUUAAUUCGAGCGAGGUUAAGCAGCGAGUCCGAGGGUCGGAAUAACGCGAUGCCGGCUGGCUAACUUUGCCGAGGAAACUGUUAUUCGAGGUUACUUAACCCCCCAUAUUGACUGACACUUUAAUAAAAUGUCACGCUCGAUCAGCUGUCCGUUAACGCGAACGCGCGCCGCCGUAUUUCCUCGAUAUUUAACCAUCGAUGCGAAGUGUUUUAUCCUCCAGUGAGUAACGGAGCGACAGUCUCUCGGCGUGUAUUCGGUAAUAAGGUAAAAAAAAACGCCGGAAAAGCGGAAUUACGAUGAUGUGAAAGAGAGAGAGGGAGUGAGAGAGAAAGUGAGACAGAGAGAUAGUGCGUUCAGGGAGUUACGGCAAAGUGCGCGAAGAACGUCGCUUCGACGCCUACGCGGAGAUUCUUAACGGUAAAUAUGACAGGUUGUCGUCGCAACGCGUUCCUUCCAUAGGCGGCUUCGACAUCUCAGUCCCCGGUUAUCGUCCUCGGCCCUUUUCGUCCCUUUCUCCUUCUCCCCCUCCUCCUCCUCAUUCUCAUCGAAAAUCAAAGGUCAACGAGGAAUCGACACGGCGUGACAUGAAAAAGUAGUUCGCUCGCUCGCUGCGAAUAUAAUAUCAGUGCGCGUGUGUCGAUGUUCUUUUGUUGAAUUUCCCAGAUAUCAUCAGGAUGAAGCUAAUCCCUGCGGAUUACCUUGGCUUCACGGCCACUGAUCGACGAUUCAGCGGACCCAUGCUGCCCUGGACUGUCAGCGAGAUAAAAAAACACGGCGUGUCGGAAAAGGUGAAUCUAUUGGUGGCCUCUGGAUGCAUAUCUGCAUAUACGGCGCAUAAGGAACAGCCGUUGUUCAGACACCCGCUGAACAACACGUCGAAGGCGCAGCUAGUGCCCUCCAGUUCCCAGGACCCUAACGGGGGGAGCUUCCUGUACCUUGUGAAGGGGAAUGACGGCCUGUUCUAUUGUCACCUAUUCAGGGCAAAAGAUUCUCAAACGGUCAAAGAGCUGUUCAGCGCCAUGAAGGAACAGUCGUCGUCCUCGCGACUCGAAAAGGACCGAGAACCAACCCCUCAAAGGUCGAACAGCAGCGCCGCGGCUCUGACGUCACUGGGCGCCGAUAUAUCACCAAGUUCCUCACAUUUUUUUGAGGUUCUCUACAUCGGGAAAAUUAAAGUGUCUCACAAAAAAGUACCAGAGUCCUUCAUCGACGAUGCUCUGAUAAGAUUUCGUGCUUACGAACUUGAGAAGUCGAAAUCGUCGUCGAAUAAUCUACUCACCGAGUGCCAAAGACUGCAGAGACAGGCCAGCGUGAAAUUCUUGCCUACGUUGAACGUCAGAAGAGAUAGUCAGGAUUCAAGUGCCAGCGAAUUGGGCAGCAUAGAAAACAUAUCCUCGAGUAGCGUGUUGUCGCCAACGAAUUCAUUGGAUGUUGCAAAAACGUUGGGUGGAUCUGUUGAAGCCUUGUCACCGACAAACAACAACUCGUCCGAAAAUGACGGAGUGGAAAGUACUUCGGAGUUAACAAAAAAUAAAAACGCCAACUUGCCGUCACCGGAGGUAAUGAGGAACAGGGCUGCCUCCACCGGCAGCGUUUUAACUGCUAGAAGAGACUCUGCUGCGAAAGGAGGCGACGAGUACAAUCGUACCAUGCUUUUCCAGGUCGGUCGAUAUGACUUAAGAUUGAUCAGCCCUGACAGAAAACAAGUCCUGCUCCACAAGCAGCUCAAAGACGUCGCCAGUUGCGUGCAGGGUGUCAAAAACGCAGAGCACUUUGGCUUUAUUUGCAGAGAAGCUGGCAUGGAAUGUUACAUUGGCUAUGUUUUCAAAUGUCAAUCCGAAGCUGUUGCCGAUGAUUUAGUUGGAGCCAUCACCCAGGCGUUUGUUGCUACGUGUGAUGCCUCCAGAAAAGAAAGACAUCCAGUAUUUUCCUGUGAUCACUGCCCCAUGGUCUGGUACAAUAAAUUAUGUCAAGAUAUUGAAGGACAAAAUGACAAGAGAACGCAAAGUAUCAUCGUUUCACGGCUUGGUAUGUUACCCGAAGAUGAACAAGAGAUUAUUGUGACAAAAUACAAGGGAGCCGAAGCCUGCAACGGUACUUUAGGUGGUUCCGGAAAUGGUUCCAGCCUUAGAGAACAGAAUCAGUUUUUAAUGAUGUUGUUACGUGCGCAUUGCGAAGCGAAACAGGCGAGACACGUUCACGACACAGCUGAAAAUAGGAGUGAAUUUUUAAAUCAAUACCUCAGUGUCGGUGUUGGGAGUACGAUAUUCAUGAAAGCUAAGAGGUCUUUAACGAACAGUUUUGAUCACCUCAUGAAACGGAAAGGUUCGCGUGAUGACUUUGGAUUUAAUCCUAAUAUGAGGGAUUCAAUGCUACAAUUUAAUUCCCCUACAAAUCAAAAGGACGAAAGUCAGAGUCCGGUCUCUUCUGUGGCAUCUGGACUGGACAAUUGUGCCGAUUCAAACAGACCCAGAUCGUUGAGAGUGUCUCCUGAACAGCAGCUUAGCGUUAAUACUGGGCCAAAAAGUCCCAUGAUGGACAUUUUUUUAAAGGUAGGCAAUUCUCCGAAAAUGUCACCUACCGAGUCGGAGGGAAGCAAUCGUCUGCAAUCGAGUGGAUCGUGGAGACAGGCGAUAUUAAAUCGUGUGGUAACACCAGGAAAAGAUCAAGACAUCAAGGAUAACGUUACGUGUUCUGGUGUGAGUGGAAAAAACAAUCAACCUGUUCCAAUUCGAAAAACUAGAGAGGAGCUACGCGGUCUCUGGAAAAAGGCAAUCAAUCAACAAUUGAUACUCAUCAGAAUGGAGAGAGAGAAUACGAAGCUGAAAGAACGACAGGAGGAGGCAACGGUAAAAAGAAUUAAAUUAGAAUAUGACGAAUUGAGCAGCUGCGCUCGAGAGCUCGUUGAAGUUUGGGAUUUACUGGUAAGCAAAGAGUCGAGGAUAUCUACAAAAUGCGACAAUCAGAUGCUGCUUCAAGCCAUCAAACAGGGUGUACCACGCGGUAAGCGUGGCGAGGUUUGGCAGUUUUUGGCUGAGCAAUUUUGUUUGAAACAACCGCCGAUUGAAACUCGUGCUUUCCCAAGCUACAAUGUACCCUAUGAGGUUUUACUUAAGCAGCUCACAUCCCAGCAACAUGCGAUUCUAAUCGACUUGGGACGCACAUUUCCCAAUCAUCCUUACUUCAGCUGUGCCCUAGGACCUGGUCAAUUGGCGCUUUUCAACCUGCUUAAGGCAUAUUCUCUUCUCGAUCCCGAGGUUGGAUACUGCCAAGGGCUCAGCUUCGUUGCCGGAGUUCUUCUGUUGCAUAUGGCCGAAGAUCAAGCCUUUUUUUUGCUGCGUCACCUAAUGUUCCGAAGAGGUCUCCGAAAGUUGUACCUACCUGACAUGGCCGCACUACAAUUACACCUAUAUCAACUCUCUCGAUUAUUACAUGACAGACUUCCAGCUAUAUACAAUCAUUUUGACAAGCAUGAAGUCUCUCCCACUCUUUAUGCAGCACCGUGGUUAUUGACUUUAUUCGCCAGCCAAUUUCCAUUGGGUUUUGUUACCAGAGUGUUUGAUCUACUGUUUCUUGAAAGUUCCGAAGUGAUCUUCCGUGUAGCUGUUGCGUUGUUAGAGGAUCAUCAAGAUCAACUUCUUUGCUGCGAUAGUUUUGAAGAAAUCAUGGAGUAUCUGAAACUCCGCGUGCCAGCUGUCGACAAAGGGGUCCUCGAACGUGUAAUGAAACGGGUAUUCUACCCGGACACUGAAAUGGUUAAACAAUUGAACGAAUAUAGAGUUGAAUACCAAGUGCUGCAGGAAGAGAUGCUAUCCGUUAAACCACAGAUGGAAAAUAUGGAGAAGUUGGAAUUACUCAACAAACAGCUCACCCAAGAAAACGUCCAUCUCAACGAGCAACUCGAGAUUGCUAUGAGCAACCUUCACCGCCUUGAAACAGCCCGGUCAAUUCAACAAUCGUCAGCUCACAAGUUAGAAUCCCAGAAUCGCAGUCUUGAAGUUACAGUUGCAACGCUGGGAAAUUUUAUUCAGCACUUGGCAGAUACACGAACAGAUAUUGAGAUUCCAGGGGAUGUUCGUCGAAUAGUUGCACAGUUGAGUGUCGCGGAAAAGAGAAGAAGCAGCAUCGGUACAAAAUUGUAUCCAUUGAAAGUUAUUGAAGACAACAAUAACAAGUAUCAACCAAUGAAAAGCAACUCUACUGGCAGAGAAUCUCAAAAGAUGUUAAAGGGAAAUAGUAUCACAGCUGACACACCAUAUCCUUUAAAGUCGACAUUGAGUCAGCCAAAUUUAGGGGCAAAGCUUGAAAAAGUUUCGUCAUUUUUCGCAAAUUCACACAACCACAUCCGGCAACAACGUGCACAAAUAGCUGCUUUGAGAGGAGAAUGUGGAGAUAGCGGUAACGACGAAAAUGAUCCAAAGACUGUCAACAUUGAUAUUCAAAUCACUGAUACAGUGAGCUCCGCGACUGACAGCGUAGAUCAAUCAGGUGGUCAGUUACUGCAAAUUGAACCUAAUGCAUUAGAGAAGUCAAUUUCCUUGCCACUGUCCAAUGCUAAAUUGAAACUAAAGUCGUCCAAAUCAGCAUACGAACUUGGUUCAGUGAAAAAAGUACCAACGACGAAACUGGAGGACGCAACUGGGGAUUCAUUAACUAAUGUAACAGGUACCAUACAUCCUUUGGAUACUUGUAGCGAUGUAAACUUUAAAUUCGGCGGUACAACAAAGUUGAAAUGUAUAAAGCCUGGAAGGUCACCCGGCCAGAAUGGACAGGGUGAUAACCUGAGUAAAGAAAUUCCUGGACAAAAUGCAGAAAUUUUAACUAGAUAGCAAAUAUUUCUUGUUUCUGUUAAGGAAGAGUCGUAGUGCUUUACGUUUACGUAUAGCGUAAGCUUCACGUUUACCACAGUUCAUUGAUGGAAAAAAAAAAUAUUUUCAUUUCGGCUUCAAGACAAAUUAGUGAUUCAAAUGGUUUUGGGUGUCGCUUCACGGCACUCUAAUCAGCUCCAGAUAGCUUUGAAAUUCUGUGUUACCGGAUUCCCAAUUGGGAAAUGAUACAUAUCCAUCAUCGCGCAUGUUCAUUGAAUAAUGAAUUAAAAGAAAUUAUAGAACGAAAGUAUGGUUUGUAAGUUGUUUUUUUUUCAGUGGAAUACAAACAACAGCACAUUUUAAAACUACGACGUAAAAGUGAACUAUUUGUAUUCCGAUGCUCUCUUGCGUUCGUACUGUCAUAGAAACUAUUACUUUACGUAUGAAACGCAGGCAAAAAGGUGCAUGAACCAUGCUGGCGUUGAAUAAAAGAAAUAAUCAUCUAAUACCAGAGUUGUCUCACAUCUACUACGAAUAAUCAAGCUCAUAUAAAGUACUAUGAUAAGAUUGAAUAUCAUUAAUUAUGUACAAUUCAUAAUCUGAAGAGAUGAACUGAUUUUUUAAAAAGUAAAAUAUCAAACCAUCAAGUCCAAGCAGCUGCAACACUUCGGUAAACUGGUUAAGCUAUUCAAUUCGAUAAAUUUUGUAUUCGUUUGAUAAAUAAUAAAAAAGUAUGACACUUGACUAGAAUAGUACAUUCUGUCUAUCGCGGAAUAUAUGAAUUUGCACACAGCAUAUUUGUAGAUUAAUCGUAAAUUGAAAAUUCAAAAACAUUUCUACUUGACGCUUAUCCAAUGAAAUUUUUUUACUUUUCAAUUUUCCACUGGUCGCGUCAUAAUUUGUUGAUUUUAUACACUCAUCCAGAAAGGGACGUUUUCCAUUCAUCAAGUAAUGCGAAAACAAACAAUGAGUAUAUUUUCUAUGUGUAAGUUAGAAUCAAAAGCGUCAUACUUUCAAACUACCGAUCAUUGGGUAAUCAAUCAAUUUGAAUCAAUUAAUCAAUCGAUAAUUUCGAGUAGCUUACAUCAAUUCAAUGUUGACAGUACAAUCUGAGUUAAGCAAAACAAAAUCAUUAUUGCAUUAUUUAGAUUUUGUUUUACUAUUCUUAUCAGGUCAAUCAGAAAAAAUACCUUCUAAAAUGUGAUUGAUUUCGUUCCUUUUUUUCUUCCGCAUCCUAAGAAUUCACAACGGAAUCGUCGACUACCGUGUUACAUUUUGUAGGAUGUAGAAUUCAUUAUUAUUUGAUACACCUUAUACAUUUAUGCCACCGUAUUUGUAAUAUGUAGCCGGAAAAAACUACAUGUUUACAGUAGAGACGUAGGUACUACAGAUGUCACAGGAAAAAUGUAAACUCAAAGUAAAUCUUAAAAGUAUUAAAAUAAAUCUUUAUAACAUAAUGAAAAAGCUAUUACGGAUCGCAUUCUGUGAUGGUAGUAAUGAUAUAAUUAUUGUUCUUCGUAUUAUUAUUAUUAUUAUUAUUAUUAUUAUUAUUGUUGUUAUUAGUAUUACUGAUGUGUAUAUAUUGACUUUGGAUUAAUUUAGACCGAGUAAAAUUGGAUUUUGUUCAUACGAGACUUAACAUACAUCAUAUACAUAAAUAUAUUUCAGAAUACCAUAGAUGUAAAUCUUUUUUGUCGUAAUUACAAUCCGUUAAACAAUAAAUACGAUUUUCAUA